GAGGCCGGGGUGGGAUGGGACUGCAGAGCAGUUCCUGGGAACCCAUGAUAGUCCUCUCCUCACCAUGCACACCCACAGGACUCAUACUCCACUUUCUGGGUUCCCAUUCUUUUGGGGACUGUGUCAGAGAGAGCUCAGUGCUCUGAAGGCGGGAGGACAGGGAAUAGGAAAAUGAAGGCAUCCUGGCACUAUGCCCACAGAACCCAGCUGUGCCAUGGUGACCCCUCUGGAGAAGGCCCUGGACACGAUGGUGUCCACCUUCCACAAGUACUCAGGCAAGGAGGGAGACAAGUUCAAGCUCAACAAAUCGGAACUGAAGGAUCUGCUGACCCGGGAGCUGCCCAGUUUCUUGGGGAAAAGGACAGAUGAAGCUGCUUUCCAGAAACUAAUGAGUAACCUGGACAGUAACAGGGACAACCAGGUGGACUUCCAGGAGUACUGCGUCUUCCUGUCCUGCAUCGGCCAUGAUGUGGCAACGAGUUUCUUCGAGGGGUGCCCUGAUAAGGAGCCCCGGAAGAAGUGAAGACUCUGAGGAGAUGGGUGGGGGGUAAGGGACACCUUUUCUCAAUAUGUACGUAAAGUUGAGCAAAUUUAAUAAAGAUUCAAG